AUGCGAACACUUGUACAUUGUUUGGUUGUUCUAACAGUACUAGGCUCUGCAGAGCCCUUUCAGCAACAGCAGGCAGUCGUGGUACCAUCGCAAGAUAUAAAAUUAAGAGAUGUGCAUAUAGGGGACAUAAACUUUGUCCAUACGACGGACACCCAUGGCUGGUUGGGCUCCCAUCUGUCACAGGCCAACUAUGAUGCCGACUGGGGAGAUUUUGUUUCUUUUGUAGAUAUUUUCAGACAGAAGAUGUCGCAAUUGUCCAGGGAUGUAAUAGUAAUCGAUACUGGUGACAAAAGAGACGGCAAUGGUUUAAGUGAUGCCACCUGGCCUCCCGGUUUACGCAGCUCGAAGAUAUUCAACAUGAUGGACUACAAUCUCUUAACCUUGGGCAACCAUGAGCUAUACACAGCCGAAAGUGCCAUUCUAGAAUACAGAGGAACUUCCCAAUCCCCCAAGUUUAAGGACAAGUACGUCUGUAGUAACGUGGAAUUCAUUGAAGAUGAUGGCAGAAGAGUACCCUUCGGCAAUAAAUACAUUACUUUUGAGACACCAAUACAGAAACAGAGGGUUCUGGCAUUGUCUUUCUUGUUUAGCUUCCAAAGAGCUAAUAAUAGAGCCAUUGUAACACCCCCAUUGGAAGAAAUAAUGGAAAAAGGCUGGUUUCAAAAUAUGACUGAGACAAACAAGGAGGAGGAUAUUGACCUAAUUAUCGUGUUUGGUCACUUGCCGGCCACCGAUCCUGCGGAGCGCGAAAUGCUUAAGAUUCAUGCUCUAGUAAGGAAGUACUACCCAAACACUAUUAUUCAAUAUUUUGGAGGUCAUACUCAUAUUAGAGAUUUCGUGCAAUUGGACUCGAAGUCCUCUUGUUUACAAAGUGGCAGAUUUGCAGAGACCGUUGGGUUCCUCUCAAUUAACAUGACCAAUUUUGCGGACUUCGAUAAUCCUAUUUUUACAAGAAGAUACAUUGAUUUUAAUAAAGACGCCUUCACGUACCAUUUAAGGAGGAUAGCAAACGACGCGGACAUUUCAUUGUCAACAAGAAGAGGAGGAUUCAUUUCUCGCCUGGUAAAUGACCUACGUCAUGAGUUGAACUUGGACCAAAAACUGGGGUACAUACCUCGAACUUACUAUGUGUCAACAAGACCACUAGACUCCGAGGAGAAUCUUUAUCAUUUGAUCACUCAUAAAAUUUUACCUAAUUUGGUACCUUCGAAAAACUAUGUGCCUUCUAUGAGCCGAUUCAUUUUGGUUAACACCGGUUCUGUCAGGUACGAUCUUUACAAAGGCCCCUUCACGAAGGAUACGGAAUAUAUAGUGAUGCCGUUCAGUAAUGAUUGGCGCUUCAUCACAGUGCCAUUGGUAGUUGCCUCCAGAGUCGAAAGCUAUUUAAAUAAGGGUCCUGUUAUUGCCUCGUUGGGAAUUCCAUCAUCCAUCCAUCACAAACAGCACUUUGGCGGUCUUCGAAAAUGCCCCUUCAUCACAGAUCCAAAUUUGAGUGAAGGUUACACCACGGAAGACGAUUUUGGCUGUCAUGGUGAUGACACACCUCACAAUUCACAGAAGGAAUACGAAAUGCCCAACGUAGUUCAAUGUAAGGACGUAAAGGGGUCAAAAGAAGAGGAGGCAGAUCCAUUGAAAAUGGUCCACGUCAUCUUUUAUACAUUUAUGGAACUCGACGUAUUAAACGCCGUGAAUUCUAUCAUCAAUGAUUUAGGUUUACGUAUGGAGAACUUGACUACCAACGACUGUUCCCAUUACGGCGGUGAUUCCACCAAAAAGUUAUUACGCGACUACUUUGCUCAAUUCUAG